AUGGACACCACCAAGCACGAUUACUCUCCUGUAGCCUCAUCAGACAUAGAAGAGUCCCGCACUUCUCAUGAACAGCUGCGGGUCCCUCAUACACAGAAGGGACGAUCCAUCUACUGGCAUUAUACUGUCUAUUCCCUAUUAUUACUGUCAAACAUUGUCCUCUUCGGCCUCUGGUGGCGGGCUACUCUAUUGAGCAAGGUCGCAAUUGUAUCUCAAACAGAACUGACCCAUCUCACAGCCCCCGCAAAACAUGUUAUAUCCUACGAACACAGACGUCUCAAACGAGACAUCGAAAACAAUGUCUUCACCGGCGACCCUCGACCCGAAUUCGACGCAGCCUGGAAACAUCUGCUAGAACCCAUGACGAUCAAAAUCACCCCAGAAGAACUCUCCCACCUCCCAGACCCGAGCAUCGCCUUCAAAAAUGAGACCGGCUACAUCGCCGAAUUAGCCGUGUACCACGAACUCCACUGCAUCAAACGCAUCCGUCGCCAUUUCCACCUUGACAGGUACUACCCCAAUAUGACAGAAGAUGACCGUAUUCGCGAGGAGGCUCACAUCGAUCACUGUCUUGAGUACUGGCGUGAAGCAGCCAUGUGUCGGGGCGACACCACCCUCGCGACUUUCCGCUGGGUAGACGGGUUACCGUAUUCGCGGGUGUAUAGCGAUCAUGAGUGCGUGAAUUGGGAGGCGCUGGAUCAGUGGGCCAGAUCGAGGAUGGUGGAUAUGAGGGAUUAUGGAAUGUUGGCGCAGUAG